AUGUUGAAACAUUUAGAAAAGAAAAUAAUAUCAUAACUCCAACCCUAUAAAAUUGAAUUAAAUAAUGUUAAUCUUGUUUUAAAUACAUUGGAUUCUUCUGAUGAAACAUAAGAAAAACAAGUAUAACAUGCAAUUGUACCUUCAAGUUGCUCUAAUUUUUAUAAAUGGAGCAAUUGCGCUGGCGAACUAAUAAUUGAUUAAUACUUUUCGAAAUUUCAUGACUGUUAUUCAUUAAAAUACAAUUAAGUUAAUUAAAUCUAGAAAAAAAAUGAUUUAGAACAAUUUACAAAAUUAUAUUUAUACAAGUUUUGA